ACGAAGAUAUCUUUCAGUUCGGUGGAAGAAACAACGGUUGUAACUUCCUCGAGUACAAGAGCAAGUCUUUGGUGCAUUUUUCUUGAGUUUUACGAAAUGUCCCCUUUAACGAUUUUUUUACUUAUUGUAAUAUGCAAGAUUAGUUUUACAACGGGAUUUGUGGUAAAAGCCUAUUUAAGCCCUUCAAAUUCUUCGAAUUUUCCUCGAAUUAAAGCGGAGAAUCCUUUUCCCUCGCUUUGGCAAUUCACCGUAUGUUCUUGGUUGAAACCUUACUCAUUGGAUAAUGAACAUUUGUCAAUUAUAUCAUACGCCACUUCUAGUUUUGACAACGAAAUAUUCAUCUAUCUCAAGCGAAAUGGUUCAGACUAUGAAGUGAAAUUCCACAUCGGUGUUCCUUACGCAGAAUUCAAAUGUGCUUUACCUUGGGAACCGGGACAAUGGCAUCAUUUGUGCGCAACUUGGUUCGCUCCCAUGAAAACUGUUCAUGUUUAUCAAAACGGACAAGAAUGUAAGUUUAUGAGACUCUACUCGUAUUUUUUAAGCAAAGAGAUACCAUCGGGUGGCACACUGGUCAUCGGUCAAGAUCAAGACGCUCUAGAUUCUAAGUAUAAGGAGGAUCAAUCGUGGCACGGAGAUAUAGCCGAUGUUCAUAUUUGGGACGAACAACUGAGCCUGGAGCAAAUUCAAGAUGCUGGAAGCUGCGAAGGAAGUAUGAUAGAAGGAAAUAUCUUCGCUUGGAUGAAGACUCCAAUGACUGUUAAAGAUAAUGUUGUUUUGUCGGCUACUCAUCUUUGUUAUAAUUAAACGUGUACUCAUCAUCAUCUUUACUAAAAGAAAUAAUUUCGAUGUUGAGAUUAAUUUUAGCUUUUGAAUUUUCAUACAAA